AUGUUUCUUGAUGUUCUGAUCCUUUGUCUUCCGUAUCCGAUAGCCUGGCGGUUGCAAACAACAGCGCGCCAAAAAUUUAUCCUCACCGGCAUGUUCCUUCUUGGAGGCUUUGUCGUUGUUUUCUCAAUCCUUCGAAUCACAAGCUUCAACUUUCCUAAUCUUGAGGACCAGUCCUACGUCGCUACCGACUCGUCGACAUGGUCCUCCAUCGAACAGUCAGUCGGUAUCAUCUGCGCCUGCCUACCUACUCUCCGUCCUCUUUUCAGGGCAUGGUGUGGCAGCUCGAAGAUGGACAGCACUGCUUCCAAUUUCCCAAAAAGACUACCACUGUCUGGCCGCUUGUCACAACGUGAUGAAGAGGGCGGAGUGGUCUCGCCAGUGUCUCCGGUCCCAUUAGCGUGCUUGCGUGGGCAUUCUUCUCACGAGAUGGGGCUCCUUGAACACCAAGAUCGCGACUCAUUGACACCCAUGCCUCCAAUGAGUCCCACGAGUCCUCUUUCUCGGAUGUUUGAACGUAGUGAACACGAGCGGCUUAUGCCUCGACCUGAAUCAUUUGCAUAA